AUGGCGGGCUGGUUCGGGUCCUCGACCACCGGCGCGCUCGACGAGCAGAUCGAGCGCGCCACCUCUUCGAGCUUAGAGGACAUGCCCCUCAACCUCGAGAUAUCCGACGUUAUUCGCUCCAAGACGGUGCAGCCUAGAGAUGCCAUGCGCGCAUUGAAGAAGAGGAUAGGGAAUAAGAACCCCAACGUCCAGCUUGCCACCUUGAACCUCACAGACACGUGCGUUAAGAACGGCGGCGCCCACUUCAUCCAAGAGAUAGCUUCCCGCGAGUUCCUCGAUAAUAUGACGUCCCUCCUCAAGGCACCCCCGACCGUCGCACCCAACAACGAUGUGAAGAACAAGAUGCUCGAGCUUAUACAGUCAUGGGCGACUGCCGCUGAAGGGCGCCAGAACCUCAGCUACAUCAACGAGGUCUACUACAGCCUGCAACGGGAGGGCUACCACUUCCCCCCAAAGGAGAACAUCUCCAGCAGUAUGCUUGAUAGUAGUGCACCCCCCGAGUGGACCGACUCCGACGUCUGCAUGCGAUGCCGCACGCCCUUUACCUUCACGAACCGGAAGCACCACUGUCGCAACUGCGGAAACGUCUUCUGUGGCGCAUGCUCGAGCAAGAGCAUCCCAUUACCCCAUCUCGGCAUCAUGGACCCUGUGCGCGUCGACGAUGGCUGCCAUGCGAAGCUCACCGAACGGUCGCGAGGAACACCGCUCCCGAGAGUGUUCGACACCCCCAAGCCACAGAGGACGCUAUAUCAGGGCUCAAUGGAGCCGCGGAAUGCGCGCGUCGAGGACAGCUUCGAUGCCGACUUGAAGCGAGCGCUGGAGAUGAGUCUGGACGAAGCCAAGGGAAACGGCUCUUCCGGCUUUGUGCCUCAGUCGCAGUUGCAGUCACAAUCCAAGCCAACCAACGGAACGAGCAAGAAACAGCCUGAAGAGGAGGAGGAUGCCGACCUGGCUGCCGCUAUUGCAGCUUCCUUGGCCGACAUGGAAGAACAAAAGAAGAAGUAUGCCACGACCUUCCGGGAACAGGCUUCCAAUGCAAACGGAUCAGCACCUUUUGUUGCGCCUAAGAACGAUUACGAGCUCACGCCUGUCGAAGCCGAGAACAUCAACCUCUUUUCCACAUUGGUCGACCGGUUACAACACCAAGCGCCUGGCACUAUCUUACGCGAGCCGCAGAUACAAGAGCUGUACGAGAGCAUUGGAAAGUUGAGGCCGAAACUUGCCCGUACCUACGGCGAAACUAUGAGCAAGCAUGACACACUACUUGACCUACACGCGAAGCUGUCAACCGUCGUCCGAUACUACGAUCGCAUGCUCGAGGAGAGACUUUCCAGCACAUACAACCAGGCCAGCGCCAUGUACGGCCUCCCAGCUUCUUCACAACGGCCGACAUCCAACCUAUACCCAAGCAUACAGCAGUCAGGCGCACCGGGAUCAGGCGAGAACUACUACACAGGAAACGCAGACCCUUCGAGUGCAUACGGACAACCGCAAUCGCAAUACGGUGGCGGUUACCAAGCACCCUACCCACAGUUCGACAAACGUCCGCAGUCCUACGCUCCACCGCAAGAUCAGUACCAACAACCCUCACAACCAUACCCCAACCUCGCACAGCCACCACCUAAUACUUCGUACCCGAACCCUGCUUCACCACAACUCCAGCGUCAAGUCUCAAAUCAGCAGUACCCGCAACAACAGUCCUCGGGAUAUCCAUCGCAAGCACCUCCGGUGUCUGACGCAGAGAGCGCUAGCUUCUACUACGGAGACAGCGCUGCAGCGCAACCCUCUCAGCCGCCAAUGCAACGAAGCCAAAGCUACGGCUCCCAGCCAUCCCAACAACAGCAGCCUCCCUCCCCACAAGCAUACACCCGAGCUCCACCACAGCAGACGCCCAUCUCACCACCCGCACAACCUACGACUGCGUGGCAGAACCCGCCGUAUCCCAGGCAAGAUCAGCCACAGGCUCAACAACAACAACAAGCGCCUCCACCACAGCAGCAGCAGCAGGCACCUCCCCAGCAACAACAAGCUCCGCAACAAGCGCCUCCUCCCCAACAGUACUGGCAACAGCAACAGCAAGCGCCACAGCAGCAGCAGUCUUCGGCGUGGCAAUCAGCACCGUAUGCGACGGGCGGUUAUGGACCGGAGAGUUUCCCGUCUGCGCCGCAGAAUCAGUUGCCGGUCCAGCAGCAGAAGGUUGUUGAUGAGCCGCUGAUUGAUUUGUAG